AUGAGCGCGACAGCGUGGGCGUCGUGGCUGGACCGACUGGAGCAUGCGCGCAGCCAGGAACAGGUGUUGUCCAGCAAGAUUCGUACGGGAAAUGCAGGAUCUAUCGAUACUAGCGUCUUUGCACUGCAGCAGAGCGUCUCACGACUUAAACGCGACUUUGAUCAACUCAAACGUUCGUCCAGUUCAGUGACCAUGGCGGAAAUCAAGCGACGGGAACGAUUAUUGAAUCAAUUAGCACGUGAUCAGCAAGAGGACUUGGAUAUAUACAAUAGUCGGAAGACAUCACGGGCUGCUGUGAGUCCGGGAGAGGCUGAUGCGCCGGCACGGCUGCUGGGGAUGCAAAACGAAAUUAUGAAGGAUCAGGACCAGCAGCUGGACUUGAUUGGUCAGGGUGUCUCUAAUUUACGCAAUUACAGUCUGACCGUCAAGGACGAGACGGAGCUGCAUGUGCGACUGCUGAAUGAGAUUGACGAUGACGUGACUCGUGUCACGGACGGACUUGAGUCUGAGGGUGCGCGUGCAGCACGGGUAGCCAAACAAAGCAACAACACCAAGUUGUAUAUCGUCAUCCUGGUGCUCGUGGUGAUUCUCAUCUUCUUGCUCUUAGCUGGUGGAUGA